AUGGCCAUGGCUUCAUUUCAACCGCCGAGUCAUCUAUUUGAACGAAACAUCUCUUUGAACGAUCUCGACUCCGCUUUAGACGUGCGAGAAAUAGUGCGGAAAGAUGUUGUGGUACCCGAAGACGUUACAAAACACAGAUAUCUAGAUUCCUCUUCCAACUUAACAUUUGUGCUUCCUUCGUUCCAAGAUUUCACUCUCGAAUUCCGAAAAUUCGUAUUCAGCUUUUUGGUGGAUGGACACACAAUGAGAGAGUUGGAAGCUGCCAAAAGACUUAAUUGGUGUUGCGCUUUGGGUCGUAUGGCGACAGUGAGUACUUUGGGCGAUGGAAACUGUUUAAUGCAUGCAGCCUCAAUUGGAAUGUGGGCCGUCAACGAUCGUUAUCAGACUCUCAGGAAAACUGCUCACGAAGCACUCGUGGAAGACGUGGAAGGUACAAGUAAGUUAAGAUUCUAAGAAGGGAAGAUGGGAUUAGUAUAGCCUGUUUUUACCGCGCUACAUCCUCCUCCAAACCUCUCCACUUUCAUUACUGUAAGUUAGAACCAAAAGGAAAAUGUUAAUAAAUGAUUCACAGGUUAAUUAUAGUUCAUAAAUCUCUUUCCUCACUGUCAUUUUGGUUGGUACUUCAGAUAGGUUGAGUUCCAGUUUUUAACCAAUCACUACAAGUGCUAACUAGCAACGGUCGUAAGGAAGUUGAUAGUAAGUUGUUAUGGUUGGGUGAUCUUUGAAUCACAAUUAACUGACCCAGGUUAUUUAUUAUGUCACUAGAUCUUGCUCCUUGUCAGUCUUUGCUUUCCACAUUUUCAUAUAUAUGAGAAAUUAUCCGUUCUUUAAAUUGUCAAAUGUAAAAAUCUCCAUUUUAGCCCCGUUAAAGAGCCAUUAUGCCCAACAGAGUAAUAAUAAUUCUCACAAUUCACCUGGUUUAGUCUUGUGGUUCAAACCUGGUGUCCUGUAUUUAUCUUUCAGUUUUUUUUUCUUUAUUUGAUUUUACUCUCAAGGUUUUUACCAUCGUCGCUGGAAAGCUGAAGAAGAACGGCAAAUAUUGAACCAGCUUGGAGGAUAUCAGAGAACAGAAGAACAAUGGAAUCGUGAAUGGGAAGAAGUUAUCAGACAUGUAUCACAGAAUGAAUUUCCAUUUGGUCCAAAUGGUGCUCAGUUUGGGAGCCUUGAAGAGAUCCACAUCUUUGUCCUCGCCAAUAUCUUGCGUCGCACUAUUAUAGUGAUGUCAGAUGACACCCUAAGAGGACCAUAUGGCGAUUCGUAUUCUCCGAUAAACUUUGGAGGUAUUUAUUUACCUCUGUUGUGGGACUCUGUAGACUGCGUGAAAAGUCCCUUAGUGAUUGGUUAUGCAAAUGGACAUUUCACAGCAGUUGUCAGUAUUCGAGAUGGACAACUAGACCUGGAGAAUGAAAAUCAGCCAGCUUUAAGGUCAAGUAACUGCAUGCAUGCCGUGCCAUUAAUUAAAUAUGACGGAUCACCAUUACCAGUUCAUUUUCUUCUCGAUCAUGAAGUACCAUUGGCAAGUGACCGUGUGCGUCAGUACUUGGACUGUGCUAAAGUAUCUGUUUUGAGUGAUCAAGGAGGUUCUAGGCAGUCAAUUCUUGUUGCAAAGUUGCAUUUUGGUGAAGAACCUCGUUGCAUGAAAGCUCUUAUUGAUGGAUACUUCCAAAGGGCCAAGGAAGAAUAUCAACAUAUGCUAAGAACCAGUCAAGUAAAUAUUCAGUCUCAACCAGGUACCAAACAGCCAACACUACAGAUUGUUCCAUGCCAAACUCAAGGUUGCACCUUCUAUGGAUCAACAGAGACUGGGAACCGUUGCUCUCAGUGUCUGAACGAGUAUAUCAGGACCCUUGGACCUUCAGAACCAAGUCAUUAUGCAGCAGCAAGACAGAUUUCUUCUCGGGAAAAUGUUGUAACAACCACCACAUCUGCAACACCACAAGCUUCUAAUGCCAUUGUGACAACCCUUCCCACAACCUUUCCAGCUACAACUCCUGCCAAAUGUCGGACAUCCGGGUGCAAAUAUGCUGCAGUGUCUAACCAUGGUGGCCUAUGUGAGAGGUGCUUUGAAGCUGAAAGAAAUGCUGAAGAAAUGGCAGCAAGCAUGAAUCCCUUGACAUUGGCAACCACAAAGCACUGUGCAAACAGAGUGAAUGGCUGUGAGUUCUUUGGCCUGCCUGAACAUCAUAACUUAUGCUCCAGAUGCUACAGAACCUUCUGUUUACAGAUGGAAAAUACCUUAUCACCACGUAGCCCUGCAUUGCCAGGACAGCCUAACAGUUGCCAGCGUCACAACUGUCCAUUCCCUGGUGUACCUGCAUUGUAUGGUAUGUGCGUACAGUGCUACACUGGUUGUAUUCACAGUUUUAUAACCUCCAAGGGUGAAUCAGUUGGGAGUGCUAUGCAACCCAACCCACCCCAGGAAGCACCACCACAGAAUGUCACAAGAAUUAAUCCAGUUCCAACUGGUGGUGGAAGGAAGGGUGUCUUGUGUGCCUCUCCAGGCUGCUUCAAUGAAGGAAUAUCUCAGUUCUCAGACUUGUGUAGAGAAUGCCAUGCAAGAAAGUCUGGUCCCUCUCAGGUACGAAUCACUUCAGUAACUACUGUAGGAGAAGCUAGUGUCCCCUUAGUCACACCAUCUUCGACCUACACAUCUGCAUCAGCAGCAGCAGGAACCCCAAAUUAUCACCCAACAUCAGCACCAACAAAUGGUACUGGUCUGAAUACGUGCUCCAACCCAGCUUGCAAAAAUCCAAGAAGGGAUGGGCGAGGAUUAUGUCAAGCUUGUGAAAAUGCAAAUCCAAUUCCAUUCAUCACCAAUUCAGGAAGUGGUUUGCAACAGCUAACAAGAUCAAGCAGCACGGCAGUGACUGCAUCAAGUGUAUUAAGGCAUCCUGUCCCAGCAUUUACAAGUGGCAGCACCAAUACCCAUAACACCGCUGGGACCUCGUCAUCUGCAGGGGCACAACAUCCCUAUCAAGUCAUCCCACAAGCACCAUCCACCGGAUCAAAAGCAGAUAAUUGCGCCUUGUGUGGAAAACGAGCAGAACUGGAUGGUGGGUUGUGCAAAGAUUGCUUUGCUGUAGGUUUUCAGGCAGAACUACGUGACAUUGAGAAGAGACAAGCUGCAGUCUCCCAGACAUCAUCCAGACAACAGGGCACCUUUACAGCUGCUGCUUCAAAUAACCAGGUAUGCAGUUAUCUGGAAAAUGAACCCAAAAUUCUUUACCUAUAAGGGCAGUCUAGUUCAUAAACUCCAGAAAAUCUUAUUUGCACCUUUUGUUACCUUCGCUUGAUUUUCUGAAGCAAAUAGAAUGAUGAUGCAAAAUGUCUCAAGGAAGACAAGUAAGCAUCAAAAUGAUGUUAGUUUUGCAGGAAUUCACAAUGAUCCACAGACAUCGAUUUCAUUAAAAAAAAUGUUACCAAUUAAAUAACUAAUCAGGAAAAUCAUUUUCCUGUCAUCAAUAACCCUAACAUAUAUUAUUUUUUUCUCUUACAAAGGGAGCACAAAGCACUUCUCAAGGCAUAAACCAAACAGAGACAACUACCAAGAGGACAGCUGUGAAGGUAACUGAGCUUCCAUGCAAAACCACAGGCUGUCUCAGAUUUGGAACCCCAGAGAAGAAUGGGUUAUGUGAGCAGUGCUAUCUUGGUAAGGGAAGGAUUCAACAAAGGUCCACAUUAUCCUCUGAAGUGCAUCAAAAUCAGGGUCAAGUUAUAAGAGGUAACUCUCACAAUCUUCCAACACCAACACAAAAUCGCCAGUUUGGUUAUGACCUUCCAGGACCAGUACAAGUGUCCCAGCCAAGAAGCCCUCAGUAUGGCUUGCAAGUGAGGCAAUCUCAGUCAAAUUCAGGCAGUGGUGACAUCAGUGGUCAAAAAUGCCGUGGCACUAACUGCACCCUAUUCGGAACACCAGAGACAAAUGGAUAUUGCUCUCGCUGCUUUUUGGAAAGCACCAUUCCUCUUUCAUACCCACAUUCAGUUCCAGGUAACACUGAAGCUAAAUUCGUAAGCUAAAUCAACAUAGUAUCGCCGAGUAGCUACUCCACACAAUUUCAUGAAUGUGCUUCUCUGCUUUGAAAACUUACAGUGAAUGCAAUUGUUUGGGCUGGAACAGUAGGUUACUUCUAACCUACAUUGUACAAUCUGCAAACACAUCUCCUUACAAUGGAAGGAACAGUAACAGAACAGAAAAAUAGUUAGUGCACAAAUUACACAAUAGCAAAAUUCUGCAAUCACAGCUAUAAGACAUACAACCUCCCUUAACUAAUGAGUUCUUGCAAGUAGUGUUUCAAACAUUUUUACAUCAUCUACGGGAGCUCUAACUUUCCCUUUUCCCAUCUUAAAAUAAAUUUGAUACAAUUCAUUUGCAUCUCUCUACAGAUUUCCCUGGGGAAGUUACCCCAUCUUCUACUGCAUCUCAUCCAACAGUAGCACUUCACAGAUGUACUAUAACUGGAUGUGACCGCACUGCUGCACCAGAGAGACAUGGUCAUUGCCAAAACUGCUUUGGAAUGUACUACCCAGAUGUUCUUUCUCGUGAAUCCCUUCUUAACAAUUCAUAAAUGUCUGAACAUGUUUGAACAGGCUUUAAUGGCCUAUUUUCUCUUUGAUCAAUAUCUGCAACAACUACAAAAUGGCAACUGCAAGGAAUUGAUACAGGACUAAUGUUAGGGAGUGGGGGAUAGUGGACACUCUGGAAAAAAACGAUUGUAUUUGUAAUAAGUAUCAUCAACAAUUUGUAUUACUAAAUAUGUUAGAAAUAACAAAGAGUGAAAAACUUAUUUAUAAGUUCUUACUGGCCCUCAUACUGGCCUCAGAAGUGUACUUCUAAUAAGGAGAAGAUAGAUACAUGUUCAGUGUUAGUUUGAUUAGUUGUAGGGUAGCUAACUUUGAACAGACUAAUUUCAUACUUGAUUUGUUUAGUAAGCCAGUUCAAGUCUAAAUUAUUCAAAAUUAAUGUUCAUUUUUUACACCAAUUAGCAUUACUUUUUUUUCAAGGUUGUUUAGGAAGUUGUUUCUCAAACCAACCAAGAAACAAAUGAAAGUUUCAUUUAAUAUGAAACACACUAAUGAAAAAAAAUAGAAGAAAGGACUCACAAUGCAUGCAUUAGCAUCCGGCUUUUGGCACAUGUCAAAGUAAUAAUGUUAAUUUUUUUUAAGUACUAUUGUAAGGGACAAUGUUAAUGUUUGAAAUACAAGUAGAAGCUUAGAGAGAAAUCUGUACAAUCAAUCAAUAACUAUAAUAAUAAAAAAUAUAUUCUGUAGUUGGAUAACAAAGUAGUUGUGCAUCAUACAUGAGAUGGAGGUUUUCACUGCUUAAACAUUUCCACAUCACUGAACUUCACCUAGCUGUGGUAACCAUUCCACUUCAGCGAACUUAACAUAAUAAGUAUACAAAGAAAACAAAAUUGCAAGUAAGAUAUUCACAGUACUUCUGAUAAGAACCAACUGGUUUUGCAAUUUGAUCGAAAUUCACAGUAAUUUGACAAGUACAAACAACAUACAGACCAGUUACACACCUCAGCACUAGUCAUAUUAAACUCUGUGUACAUUAAUAACUAUAGUAAUAAAAAGGAUGAUGGUUGUAAAUAAAGUUCAAAAUAUGUGCAAAAUAUAUG